UGUUACAGGGGCAGAGAAAAACCGCUGCACACGAGAGAACUAUGGACCAACGCAGUUCGGAAGGUGUCUACCGAAAGGAGAAGGCGACCGCAUUUCUCUUCCAUAGCGUUUUCCAUAAUUGACGCCAACAAGCAAAUCAAAAAGGAUGUUUCUUUCACACCUCCUUGCUCACCAAGGCAUCCGAGGAUUCUAAAACAUUACGGAAAUGAGCUUCAGCAAUAAUAUUUCUAUACAAAGCGAUACAGGUUCCAUAAAGAAUGGGAAAAUUGAGGAACACUUAGAUGAUUACCCUUGUAGUACAAAUCCCGAGAAGAUUAUGUGUGUUUUAGAUGAAGACACGUAUUCAGCUGUUCACAAAGCAGACUUCGCCACAGUCUUCAAAAGCGGUCUGAUGUACAAAGGCAUCUACUGGCCCAGUUUAACAAACAGCUUCCACUGCAAGCACCUAGAAUUGGCGUAUCUAAGAUACAGUCAUAGACAAAGACAGAAGGCGUUAAUUAUCGUCAACAUUGUGGAUCUACUGUUGAAGAUCGCACUGAUCCUGGUUUGGACAGUCUUCAACAAUUACCAAAUAGAUCCUAGGAAAUACGCCGACGUGAUAAUAUGGUCAGUAUGUUGCAUGUCGAUCAACAUAGCCGUGUGCGUUCUAGGAUGGUGGAGGUGUUUCGCCAAUAAUUACUUGCACUGGGCCGCCGUAUGCACAUGGUUCCUUCUUACAGUUCAAAGUCUUGGUGGACGUGCUGUAGGAUUUUCAGAUAAAGAAGACUUGGUAUGGUACGUUUUAUUCACGAUUUUCGUGCAGUAUGCGAUGUUGCCGCUUCCUCUGCGGUGGUGCAUGCUAGCAGGAGGAUUGUCUUCCAUUGGACAUAUAGUCACCAUUUCUGUAUACAUGUUCAUUUUUGAUAGUAAGGUGAAUAUUGCUUUCCAAAUAUCUUUUUCUAUUCAUAACGGCAAAAAUACUGCACUGAAUAAAUACACUGUAUCGACGGUUAUUCUAAUGUCCAGAAAUGGUCACAUAUCUUGA